ACAGAAAACAGUCGCGGCAGAGAAGCGUGAGUAACCGCCUGAUCCAGAAAGCAGGGAGAACCCUUAACUCCAGGCCUGGUGAACGCAUACCGAAGUAAGCCAAGAAAGAUUUGUAAAGACUUGAGUUAAGUGCUACCUACCAACACGAAGACGGUGUUGAUAUAAGAAAAGCCUGGACACACUUCCCUCGAUACUCGGCCACAACGCAAAACUACAAUGGGGGAUUCAACUAGAAAACUAUGUAGUGCACUCGGUGCUAGUUCUGGCUGCAGUAUCAGUAGACAGAACGUUACCACGGUGAUGGACUCGUCAGGAGACCCUGGUCACCCCAGCGUCAGGACCACCACCUCCGGACCGUCCCCAGACACUGAUGUGAAUCUCAAGAAAGUGCUGGGACUGUGGGACGGUGUGGGUUUUAUCGUGGGCACCAUGAUUGGGUCUGGCAUCUUCGUGUCACCCAAGACGGUGGUGCAGUACACGGGCAGCGUGGGCAUGUCGUUGGUGGUGUGGGUGGCCACGGGUUUCAUGUCCAUGGUGGGCGCUCUCUGCUACGCUGAGCUCGGCACUACCAUACCCAGGAGUGGAUGCUCGUACACAUACAUCCUGGAGGCCUUCGGUCCAGUCCCAGCCUUCCUCUCGAUGUGGGUAAACGUAUUCAUUUCCAAAACCUGCAGCCGAGCAAUCGUCUGCAUCACCUUCGCCAAUUACCUCCUGCAGGCGUUUCUCCCAGAAUGCUCAUCACUCCCCUACUAUGCUGUCAAAUUCCUGGGCGCGGCCAUGCUGUGUCUGUUGGGUUAUAUCAACUGUAUCGGCGUGAAACUUGGGAGCAGAUUGCAGGACAUUUUGGCCAUAACAAAGGUGUUGGGCCUGAUCAUCAUCAUCAUAGCCGGUGUUUACCACCUGGCCAGAGGUAACGUGAGCCACUUCCUCGACCCAAUGGAAGGCACCAUCUGGGACGUCUCAUCCUUCGCCACCGCCUUCUACUCCACGCUCUUCACCUACAGUGGAUGGAGCAGCUUGAACUACGUGACGGGGGAACUGAAGGAACCUCACAAAAAUCUUCCCCGAGCCAUCGUUAUUUCCAUGGUAAUAGUGACCAUGGUGUAUACACUAACCAAUAUUGCCUACUACGCUGUUUUGACGCCCGCUGAAAUCCUGUCUUCCAAUGCUGUGGCUGUGACCUUCGGUAACAGGAUGCUGGGAGUACUGUCAUGGAUUAUCGCAUUCUUUGUCGCCUGUUCCACUGCUGGAAACACCAAUAGCGGUUUGUUUACCUUGCCUCGUAUGAUUCACACUGCAGCUCUAGAGGGUCAACUACCACACUUCCUCUCCUUCGUCCACGUUAGAUACUACACUCCAAUCACUGCUGUCAUAGCCACGACAACCCUGCCACUGCUUGUACUGGCGAUUGAUGAUAUCGGAAAGCUCUUGACCUACACAUCCUUCAUCAACAACUUCAUCGGCCUCCUCGGCGUUCUGAGUCUCUUGUGGCUCAGGUAUAAGGAACCAGACAGACCCAGGCCAUUCAAAUUGUGGCUUGGCUUCCCAUUAUUGUACUUGGCACUGUGUGUUUUCGUGAUGGUGUUCCCCGUCGUCACAAGACCACUGGAGAUUGCCGUCGCUUUCGCUUUGGCCGUCGUUAGUCUGGUCGUCUACUUCUUCACCAUUCAUCUGCAUUAUAAACCCAGACUCCUCUCACUCAUCAUGGAUAAAGUGACAUACGUCUCCCAGGUACUGUUACAUUGUACGCCAGAGGAGAAGUGUCAGUAAUACAAGAAAUAACUAAGACAACAAUGUGGCAGCAAGACACCAACAACUGCCAUACAUUGGUAACCAGGGAUCAACCACUACGACACCGUGACUGUCAAGGGCAACGAGAAAAUGACAGAUGCAAAGAUAAAUUUAUCAUAAUUAAUCUUGUGAUAAUGGAGGGAAAAUAUGAUGAAAAAACUAUUACAGAUUAGCUGAAGAAAGACCUUAACUACGUGGACGAGUUACACAUAGUACGCAGGUGUAUGUGCUCUAUCCUGACCAGUCUUGACCUAACCUAACAUCACUUAUCUGGCGCCUUCGGGCCAUUUCUGACCGCUUAUACUGACAUUUUUUUAACCUAUUCUAUUGUUUUUUCACUUAUUCAGAUCGAUCCUGGUCUAUAUUGACCUAUCCUGACCAUACUUAACUUUUAAAUUAAUUUACGUACGUAUUUUCGUCUCGGAUUCUCAAGCCAAACGUCACCUAACCUUAGCUAUUUUUACCUCUCCUCACAACCCAUAACCAUUUCCACAAUACCUGGUACCUAACUUAAUGGAUAAAGACACAAAUAAAUAAUGACAUAUGUGAUUCAAAUAACUCAAUCAUUAUUUUAUCACUUAAUUUUCUAAAAAUACGAUACCAACGAAAAUUAAAAAGUUAAUACGGGAUACAGAACUAAACUGAACUACGGUCGUCAUGACCGCAGAUGUCGUCGGCCAGUAAAACCAAACUUACCUACGUACAGUCCACGCCACUUAUAAGCCGCACAGACUGGCGGCAUCGAAAUUCCUAACCGACAACUUCCGAGCGAGGGUGAAUGUGUAGGGUAGACGACUCUCUACGGCCAGGAAGAAAGUAAUUGAACCAUCUCCUGCCCCAAUAUACAUAUAAAACAUUAAUAGAGAGAAUAAAAGAUGA